AUAAACGAAAAAUCAUAGCGAGGUAGAAUUAGAAUUUGUUAAUUUAUCACCCCGCCGGCGAGCGCGCCCUAGCCAAGUAAAGCUCCGAUCACCUUCAUCUGGAAUUCGCGGGAAGAGGCUUUGUAAUUCCUCAACAAUAUAUCCAUAACAAUUUCCCCCAAUCUUCACUUUCAAGGAUCUGUCUUCUUCAAUACUGAAUAACUUAGAAUUUUUGUUUUGAAAGUUGAAAACUCAUGGAAUCGGACGAAGAAGAUUUCGUUUUCUAUGGAACUCCAAUUGAGCGGGAGGAAGAGAUCAACAGCCGUAAAAGGAAAUCUGUGGCUGACGCUUCGGGUACCAUGCGAACCCUCCCUCACUGGAAACAAGAGGUUAGAGACGAGGAAGGGCGCAGAAGAUUUCAUGGGGCAUUCACUGGAGGAUUUUCUGCUGGCCAUUACAAUACAGUGGGCUCGAAAGAAGGUUGGACUCCACAGUCGUUUACAUCGUCCCGAAAGAAUCGAGCUGAAGUCAAGCAGCAAGACAUUUUAAACUUCUUAGACGAAGAUGAAAAAGCUGAAUUGGAAGGCCGAGGCCUGGGGACAUCUUCUCAGUUUGAUACAUUUGGUUUCACAGCAGUAGAGCUUGCUCGUAAGCAAGCCGACAAGGAGCAACAACAGAGGCCGUCUGCUAUUCCUGGACCUGUUCCUGAUGAAUUAAUUGUUCCAGCUGCAGAAUCCAUAGGUGUGAAGUUACUAUUAAAGAUGGGGUGGCGCCAAGGACGUGCAAUAAAGGACUCACGAGCUAAUUCCCGUUAUGAUGCUCGAAGAGAUGCACGAAAAGCAUUUCUAAGAUUUUCAACCGGUGAUGUCAAAUCGGAAAUCCCUAAUUCUGAACCGUUUCAGGAUGAUGAUGAUACUGUUUCUCAACCUGCCAAGGGUGAUGUUUCGUCUUCUCAAAGCACACCUGUUUAUGUGAUCAACCCAAAACAGGAUUUGCAUGGUUUAGGUUUUGAUCCUUACAAGCAUGCACCAGAGUUUAUGGAAAUGAAAAGAGCGCGCACAGCUGGGAAUCAGGAAGGUUACAAAAAAGUUUUCUCCACGAAGAAUAAUCUUUUUGGCUUUAGGACUGAGAGGAUUGCUUCUGGCUUUGGCAUUGGUGCGCUUGAAGAACUUGAUGUUGAAGAUGAGGAUGUUUAUACCUCUGGUUAUGAGUUCGAGGAAACAUAUGUACAAGAAGAGGAUGAGCCUCCUUCUAAGAUGAUUACAGAUGGAAAACAAAAGUUGAUUGGAAGAAAAGUUGAGGGUGUCUUGCUUGGAUUUAGAAUUGCUUCGAAAUCUGACUACCAGAUGGAAAGGUUUGAUCCUCCUGUAAUACCUAAGGACUUUAUACCCCACCACAAAUUUGCAGGGCCUCUCAUUGGUGGCUAUAAGCUUGCUGACACCCCUCCUGUUGAGGUUCCCCCUCCUGAGGAUAAUAAUCUGAAACUUCUAAUUGAAGGGGUGGCAACUUUGGUUGCUCGCUGUGGAAAACUAUUUGAGGAUCUCUCUAGAGAAAAAAAUAAGUCAAAUCCAUUAUUUAGUUUUCUUAAUGGAGGAACUGGCCAGGAAUAUUAUUCAAGGAAGCUAUGGGAGGAGCAACUGAAGCACGUGGACCAACCUAAGCCUCAAUUUGAUGAUAAAUUGUCCCCAAGCCUGGAGAGGAUGACAGCCGAAAGUCGUGGAAAAAUCCUUGGUGAAAAGCCUUUGGCAAGAAGCGCUAAAGAGUUAAAUCCACCUGCAGCUUCUGAUGGCGUGCAUGUCCAAUACAAUCUUUCGGAUACAUUUACUAAACCUACAUCAUCGGGUGGGAUGCCAGAGGUUGUCAAACCUUUCAAGGAUGAUCCAGCUAAGCAAGAAAGAUUUGAGCAGUUUUUAAAGGAAAAGUAUCAAGGAGGCCUGCGCACUGGUGCUCCUGUUGGAGCUAUUAAUAUGUCAGAAGCAGCUCGUGCGCGUGAACGUUUGGACUUUGAGGCUGCUGCAGAGGCGAUUGAGAAAGGGAAAGGGUUGAAAGAAGCUAAGCUCUCUGCUGAGCACUUUGUGGAUUUUUUAGCCACUGGAGGAAUGCAGUUUACCUCUGGUGGUGUAGAGGAAGUCAAAGAUACAAAGCUAGAAGGUUUAAUGAUGGAGAAAAUGUUCCCUAAACGGGAAGAAUAUCAGUGGCGCCCUGCUCCUAUUCUGUGCAAGCGGUUUGAUCUCAUUGAUCCCUACAUGGGGAAGCCACCACCAGCACCUAGAAUGAGGAGCAAGUUGGAUACACUUAUUUUCACAUCAAAUUCUGUCAAAUCAACAAAGGUUGAAGAAUCUUUAACCUCAACCCCUUCUUCAUUACCUCAAUCAAAUGCCGAAGAAAAAGACACGGAUGGAUCUGAAAAUGUAAAUGAGAAAGUAGAAGUUGAAUGCGUUGAUCGGCCUGUUGAUCUAUAUAAGGCUAUUUUCUCUGAUGAAUCGGAUGAUGAAGAGAGUACAUCAACUCUCAAGCAAGCCGAGGAUCCUAACAAGAAAGUUGAAGUGGCUAAUACAACACUUAACCGUUUGAUUGCGGGUGACUUUCUGGAAUCUUUGGGUAAAGAACUGGGCUUGGAAGUGCCCUCAGAUCUACCUCCAUCAAAGAAAGGUCAAACCGCAGCUCCUCAGAAUGAAGCUGUACCUGUUGGUGAACAGAAUGUCAAUAUCCUUUCAGUUGAAGAUAAGCCUUAUCCCACCCCAUCAACCACUGGGAUUCUAUCGGACCAUCGAAUGACAGGCUUUGCAGGACAUGACCUAAAUAGCAGAAAAGAAGACAAUAAACUCGAUCAUAACUCAGCUGGAAGUGGUAGUAAAAUUAUGGAAUCCACCUCUUCCAAGAAAACUUCAGGUAAAGUUUAUGAAGAAGAGAUGUACAAGGACAAGGGGGAUAGGAAGGCUAACAACAGGCGAGUUGACAUUCAUCGUGAUUGUAGCGGCAGCUCAUCAUCGGAAGAUGAAAAGAGAAGAAAACGUUCAAGGAGGCGUAGAUAUAAAAGUAGUGACUCAGAGGAUAGUGCAUCAAGUGAUGAUUAUCAUACGAAAGAGCACUCUAAAUCACGAGAUAGAAAAAAAGGAUCUUCUCAAGGAAAGAAGAGCCAAAGAAAACACUCGAAACAUCACAAGCACAGACAUAGAGAUUCUUCCCCCAGAGACCAUCAUCGGUCGAGAAAAGAUCGUACAGUAUCUGAGAGAGAGAAACAUAGAUGGAGAGAUUGAAUGGUGUUGUGUUACCUUGGUCUUACUUCGUGAGUUGAAACUGCCCACUAUGAACCAUCGCAUUUCCAAUAACAAAUUCCAACAAAGGAAAUCCAAUUUUAGCAUCAGAGCAUCAGAAGAUCCAAAAUUUCUUCGAACUCACUCGUAGAUAAUCAUGCAGCUUCUAUGGAUUCAAAUUUCUUGCCAUAGAGAGGAGUAUACUUUAACAACUUCUAGAAUGAAUCUUUGAGGAAGCAACAGUUUGGUGGGUUCAUUCCCUUUUACACUCUACUCCCGUAUACUAACAUAAGAGGUUGUUUCCAGCUAAGCGAAGUACACGAUGUCAAACUAUUGCAGUUUCUUGACAUAGUCAUUUGCAACCAAUCGGACUUGUGAAGUUCAAACAUUGCUGUGCUCUUGGAUUCUUCUGGGUCAGUAUGAAAUUGUGCAAGAAUCGUGUUCAUAACGUUAAUUGACGAGAAAUACUUCUCUCGAUCUUGGUUUUUGUUUAGUUACAAAUAAGUUUGGAGAACCUUGGCACGGAGUGUGAUGCACGACUCUUAGUUGGUUCUUCUAUAGAUCAAACAUGGAAAACUAGGACCUUAUUCUAUCAUGUGAAGAAAUGAAAUCGUUAGAUUGUAUUAGGUACUUAUAAUUGUGAUAAGAGGGCUUCGAUGCUUGAUCUUAAGUAUUAAACUUUGUAGGUUCUUUCUGGAAUCUACAAGCACAGUUCGGGAUCGGCUGAAGCGCAAACAAAUGGUUGGGUCUCCAACACCUCAAAAUUGUAAGGUCUAUAUAAGCAUUUAAGCAGUGUUAUGUAGUAAA